AUGCGGCGUGCACGCCCACUGAAGUUUUCUACUCGCCUCCGCGGCAGAGUUGUCUGGUGGCACCCGUUUGAGCGGCGCGGCGUCAUUCGUUGCGAGGCGGACGGCAAGGAGUACAACAUCCCAAGUACGCGCGCGUUUGAGACUAUUUUGCCCACGCGACUGCGCCACUUGGAGGGCGCGACGGUCGAGUUUGAGGCCAUCCGCGGCGCGCAAGACGUGGACCGCGUCAUCACGCGCAGUCGCCUGGAGCCCAUCACGACGACAAGUUACGCGCGACCGAGUCCGGUCGACUUUCUCGCCGGCUUUCGCCAGGAGCCGUGCCGUGAGGCGACGCCAGAGACAGCCGCAGCGCCAAGCGCCUCCGCCUCGCCUUCCUCAUCGCCAGCCCCCUCUCCGCAGCUCUUCGCGGGAAAGAUCACCGUCGACUUGAGCACAGUGACGCCACGGAAGGGCAAUGACGAUGGCGAGGGUGCGGAGGACGCACGCAUCGGGACAGCAGAGGAAGAAGUGAGUGUGCGACCCCCACUGGGCGUAAAGGACCUUCGUAAUCCCGUGGUGCUGGACGUGGACACAAGGGAACUGCUGCGCCUGCGGCACCAACUCGGCGACGACGCAAAAGCCCGCGAGGCACUGCAGCAACGGCGAACUGAGGCGGAGGCUGCGAAGGUGAAACAGCGGAAGGUACUGGCGACCCACCAGGCGGGUGUCGUGCUGGCGUGGUCCUCGCUGCAUCGUAGUGGAGUGGUGCUGGCGAAUGCCACGAAGCUCCCCGAGGGUGCCAAGGACGAGCGCGCGGAGGACAUGUGCAUCAUUCGCAAUGUCGAUGCCUUUGACACAGCGCUUCCCACCGAGCUAAACUUGGUCGGUCGUGCCGUCAGCUUUGCAAAGGUGGUCUACGCCUCGCAUCCCGUGAAGGUGUUUGCAGAAAACAUCAUUGUGAGUGGGAAGUUGCACUUUGAUGCGUCGCAGGCCGCCGCGACGGAGACGCGAGCGAAGGAGGCAGCCGCCGCGGAGCACGCAAAACGUGCCAAGCAACUUGGCACCCUCUUUGAAGAGAUUGACUACGAUCAUGAGCCGCUCCCCACCGCUCCCCUCUACGGUGUGGUGACCCGAUGGAGUGGUGGGCAGGGCAUAGUUGAGACGGGCAACAGGCGACUGUAUUAUAUUCAGUCCGCGGCCGACUUUAAACAACUUAUCGACCAAACCAGUAACACCAUCCGAGGGGCUGUGGUGCGCUUUACCGUCGACAGAGAAACUCGUCGCAACGCACGGGCGGUGGACAUUCUUUCCCUCGCCACCCGGGACCCCACCACCGUGGUGCCGAUGCUGGAAAGACGAACGGGAGCCAAUGCGACGCCGAGUGUUGCUGCACAAACUCCUGUCGUUGAUGAAGCUGCUGCUGCUGCUGGUGGUGGCGGUGGUGGCAGUACUAGUAAACUCAGCGCGGCGGUGGGGGCGGCGGAGGAGCUUCCCGCCGAUGCCGCCUGGGUGCAAGGAACACUGAUUGCGUGGUCGCCGUUGGAGGACCAAGGCGUGAUUGAGGGUGACGACGGCAACCGCUACCUUCUCCGCGACGGCGAGGAGGACGUGCGGGACUACAAGACGUGCAAGUCCCUCCUGAAGAAGGGCCGCCGUGUGAAGUUUCUCCCCUUUGGUGGCACGGGCCGCUUGGCGUGCCACGUCGUGCCCCUGGACGCCGAGGCAGACGCGGCGGCUCUUGCGGAGGCGGCGUUGCAGCCCAGCGAGCCGCGCGUGAGCGAGGGGCACGCGGAGGAGGCCAUCGCCUCCCCCAUGAGUACCGCGUACUGGAUCAGUCGGAUGGACCGCGCAGGGUACGACACCACAGAGGUGAAGCAGAUGCAAGGCAAGGCAAUCACCUUCGACGACGACGACGACGAGGACGACAAGCUGCUUGACACGGAGGACCUCUUCAAGAAGGAUCACUGGUUCAAUGACCCGCGGAAAAACAUGCGCCUGCCGAACAGUGACAUGACGGCUGGCAACCUCGCCCUCAUCGGCCCGGCAUCGAUGAUGAACAUCGCGAUGAAGGCCCACAACCCCCAGAAGCUGGAGAAGGUGAAGAACAAGUACUAUAACCGACUCAGCGAGCCCAUGAAGGAGUUUGCGUGGAAGCAGGCGAAGGAACUUGCCCCAAAGUAUGAGAAACGUAUCAAGGAGGCCCGUGAAAAGGGAGUUGAGCCCCGUUUUUCCUUUUAUUGA